UUUCCUCCGCGUUCGCCUCAGUCGCCCGCCCCGCGCUUUGGGUGGUGGCUGUUGCCUCCUCAGCUCCCGCCGCCGCCGCCUCUUCUCCUCAGGCUCCUCUCCCGGGCCCUCCUUGCGGUUCCUUUUCAAGGGAAAACAGCGCUAGCCCGAAGGCCGAGAGACAGCCGGAGGCCGCUGAGGGGGCCUUUCCUUUCUCUCCUCGCGCCCACGCUCGCCCCGACCCGAGCAGCCGCCCCGAUGCAGGCCAUCAAGUGUGUGGUGGUGGGCGACGGUGCUGUAGGUAAAACAUGCCUACUCAUCAGUUACACAACCAAUGCAUUUCCUGGAGAAUAUAUACCAACUGUAUUUGACAACUACUCUGCCAAUGUGAUGGUAGAUGGGAAGCCGGUCAACCUGGGCUUGUGGGAUACCGCUGGACAAGAAGACUACGACAGACUACGCCCGCUGUCUUACCCACAAACAGAUGUGUUCUUAAUUUGCUUUUCCCUUGUGAGCCCAGCAUCCUUCGAAAAUGUCCGUGCAAAGUGGUAUCCAGAGGUGCGACACCACUGCCCCAAUACCCCCAUCAUCCUAGUGGGAACCAAACUUGAUCUCCGAGAUGACAAAGACACUAUCGAAAAACUGAAGGAGAAGAAGCUGACACCGAUCACCUACCCACAAGGCCUUGCCAUGGCGAAGGAGAUCGGAGCGGUCAAAUACCUAGAAUGCUCAGCGCUUACGCAGCGGGGCCUCAAGACAGUCUUCGACGAAGCCAUCCGAGCCGUCCUGUGCCCCCCUCCAGUGAAGAAGAGGAAGAGAAAAUGCUUGCUGCUCUAAUGCCACUUCUGCUCUCCCCAGCCCUCACCCCCCAAAAAACCUUUUGUGCUUUGCUUGGAAUAAUGGAGCAUUUCUGCUUUUCUGUUUUUUUUUUUUUUUUUUAAUUGGUUGUCUUCCCCUUCAGGUUAUCUUAAACAGCCAUCUUACGUAUUUCCCUUUGUUUAAAAAAGUUAGCUUCCUUCCUUCCUUCCUUCUGCUUUUUCCUUUUCUUUUUUUUAAGACAAACUUAUAUAAAGGCCUUAUUUUACCCCCUACCCAACACCACCCCCUUAUCGCUCCACUUAAUCAAUCAACUGUUGCCAAACUUUCUGCUGCUUUCUCUUCUUGGAUUGCUGUGCUUUGUUACCUGAAGCCACCAGACCUGUCUUUUUUCUUCUCUUUUCUUACAAAGUCAGGCAGGUGUCUUUAAAAAAUACUAACAUUUUAUUAGCAGUUGCAACACUUUAAUCUGGGUUUUCCCAGGAAGAUUAAAAAAAAACAAAAACCCAUUGCUGUCUAAAAAUACACUCGUUCAUCCGACAGCUUCUUCACACCCAUCUUUUCGUGCUUGAACAAAUGCAAUAAUUGACAACUCCAGAUUAACCCUUCCCCUUUUUUAAAUAUAUAUAUAUAUAUAUAUCUCAAAUCUACUAAGGUCUGUGAUUAAAGCUAUUUUUUUUUCUCUCGAAAUGUAUUUGUCUUCCUUCACGGCAGAGUAACUAUUUUCUUGGAGGAAAGACGACUGACUCGGUCAACGGAAACGGCCAGACAGUAUUUUGACGCUGUAAAAGAUCAAAUGUACACUACAUUGUCAACACACUAGUUUAAAACCGAGGGGAUAUUUUUUUUCUCUCCCUCUUUCUUGUACGCUUAAAAACCCCACAAAAGGAACCCUCCAUCCUGCAGCUAAAUGAACAAGCUGAACAGCAGGUUGGAGUUUUUUUCUAGAGUAUUCGUUCAUAUUAUUCUGGAGGGACUUUUUAAGCUUAUUACAAUUUUGAGCUGGUCCCCCCUCUCCCACAUGUUCUUGCUGGAUGCUUUUCUUAUAGAAUCUCCUCCUGAGCAAUAUUAAUUUGUAUUUUAAAGCAUUUUAAAAAAAAAUUGUAUUAGCCACUUUUUUUUUUCUGGAUAAGAUAGCCAGUCAAAUGUAGCCUCCUGUCUUUUAUCCCCCCACCCCGGUCUUAAUUAUGUACAUGGUUUAAACCAGGGGUCUCCAACCUUGGCCACUUUAAGCCUGGCAGACUUCAACUCCCAGAAUUCAAUUCCCAGCAAAGCUGGCUGGUGAAUUCUGGGAGUUGAAGUCCGCCAGACUUAAAAUUGCCAAGGUUGGAGACCCCUGGUUUAAAAAACUUUCUUCAGUCUUGAAGAUAAACUUGGUGUAAAAAAAUCAAGGGCAGUUGAUCGACCACUUCUCUUUUUUUUAUUUUAAAUAUUUCACCCCACUUUUCCCCUCUGGCUAAUGUUUCUUUUAUCUGCCAGGUAUCCUGAAGCUGUAUUAAUUUAUACUAACACUGACAUGGCUUGUUUUAACAUUCCCAGGAACCCGGUCUAACAACGGUAAUCAGGCCUGUGAGGUUCUGUACGUCAGAUGCUGGCGAGAACACGUUGAUUCCCCCCCCCCACCCCCUUUCAAUCACUAGAACAAAUACAUACAUACAUACAUACAUACAUACAUACAUACAUACAUACAUACAUACAUACAUACAUACAUACAUAUAUAUAUAUAUAUAUAUAUAUAUAUAUAUAUAUAUAUAUAUAUAUAUAUAUAUAUAAAUAUAUAUAUAAAUGGGAGUUUGCAAGAUUGUGAAGUUUUUACAUUGGAUCUUUUUUGGUAAUGCAAGUUAGCAGUCUGUUUUACAUGUAUGACUUAAUAAAUUCUUAAACCACACCUGGA